AUGUCGAUUGUGGCGGCCGACCCGAAACACAAAACUAUCUCACCAUACGUAGCUGUAAUCUCACAACCUCAACUCAACGGUUUGAAUUACGACGAAUGGGCUAUCAACUUCCGUAUGGCGUUAAGUUCUCGGAAGAAAUUUGGGUUCCUCGAUGGAAGCAUUCCCAAACCAGAACAAGGAUCUCCACAGCUCGAAGAUUGGAUAGCUAAUAACCAUCUUCUUAGGUUCUCCAUCAAAAGUGGAGCUCGACUCCAGCAACUGCGAAACUCGUUGGCAACUUGCAAGCAGAACGGCUCGACGGUGGAUGAUUACUUUGGCCGUUUAACAAAGAUUUGGGAUGGAAUAGCAGAGUCUAUGGAAUCAAAACAGUGUAGAUGUGGAAAGUGUGAGUGUGACUUGAACACGGCUCAUGAGAAGGAAAAAGAAAACAUGAAGAUCCACGACUUCCUCUCAGGACUAGACGACUCAGUGCAUGGGGUUAUCAGAUCUCAACUAUGCGCAAUAACGCCUCUUCCGGAUCUUGACAGCGUUUAUCAAACGAUUGUGCAGAACGAGACCAUUCGUAUGAGCGUAGCGUCUGAGACUCCGAUGAUGAGCUUUGCCACACAAGCUCAGUCUGCCAUGAAUUCUCGAUCUACUGCACCGAGAGACUCGGCUAGACAGGGAACUUCACCAACUGAUUUCCGUGGUGGCUACAAUAAUCACAAACCAAGAAACAAGACGGGAGGCAUAGGAACUCAAUCUGGUGCGCAGAGUCGUGGGAGUGGCUAUAAUCCAAGAGCCAAUGUCACGCAGAUACCGAGUGCGAAUGCAGCAGGAUUGGGUUCGACUGGCUUGCUCACAGAGAGUGAUCGUGUUGGCUUGACUGGACUAUCAGAUGAGCAAUGGAACAUUGUUCAACGAAUGAUUAAUGCUGGUAAAUCGACUGCAACCUCCAGGGGUAAGAAAAAUGAUACUCUCUGGAUUCUUGAUACAGGCGCAACACAUCACAUGACUGGAUGUGUUGAGCUGCUAGAUGAUGUGCGAAACAUACCGUCGCUAGCGGUUACGUUGCCUGCAGGAUCUGAUGCGUCGGCGUCAAAGCAGCGCACAACAAAACUCACUUCUCGUUUGACUUUGCAGAAUGUUUUCUAUGUCAAAGGAUUUCAUACAAACUUGAUUUCGUUUGGUCAACUUGUUACUGAUAACUUCUUGAUUGGCCAAGUCACUGAUAAACUCAUAAUUUUGCAGGACUGCAAUACGAGGAUGCUGAUUGGAGCGGGUGAACGAGAGGGAGAGGGACUUUACCGGUUUCGUGGGAUAGACAUGGUGACUUCCUUCCAGACUCGUGUCAACGCAGAUUUGGUGUUAUGGCAUAACCGGUUGGGUCAUCCAUCGUCUCAUGUUACUGGGAUUGUUUCUGGUGUUUCUGAUAAUUCUAGUAGUAGUGAGCUUUUAUUUAAGAGUUGUGAUGUCUGCCUUAGAGCUAAACAAACUCGACAAUGUUUUCCUACAAGUUCUAAUAAUGCAAAACCAGUUUUUAAUCUGAUUCAUCUUGAUUUAUGGGGACCAUACCGCGAAACAGCCUUUUGUGGAUCACGAUAUUUCUUAACUAUAGUAGAUGAUCACUCUCGGGCUGUAUGGCUGUAUCUCUUAUCGGAUAAAACAAUGGUUUCUGAACAGAUUCACAACUUUCUCACUAUGAUCGAACGUCAGCUUUCGAAGAAGGUUAAAGUGAUCAGGAGUGAUAAUGGGACUGAGUUUACAUGCUUAUCUCGGUUCUUCAGAGAGCAAGGAAUCUUGCAUGAGACGUCAUGUGUUCAUACGCCACAGCAAAAUGGUCGGGUUGAGCGUAAACACAGACAAAUCUUGAAUGUAGCUCGGGCUCUGCGGUUUCAGGCAAGCUUGCCUAUUGAGUUUUGGGGAGAGUGUAUCUUGCUGCAGCUUCCAUCUCCACUACUUUUGGGUGCUGAAACAGAAUCAGAAAGUGACACUGAUAUUGCCACUGGAUCGAAUAAUGAAGAAUCAAAUAAUGUAGCUGAUGGAGAUGGCUCUCCAGCACAGAUACACGUUGAGACAGAGGAGAAUACUAGUUUGAGUUUGACUGAGGACACUCCACGUGAGGCUGUGGAAUCUAAUACUGGUACUGAGGAACCUCUUGGUCGAGGGCAUCGUACAAAGAAAAUAAACAUCAAACUACGAGAUUAUGUUGUUGACACGAUUCCAGGUUCAAGUCCCUCAUCCUCUCACGCCUCAAUAUCACCUUCUCCACAGCCAUCCUCAGGUACGGUCUAUCCUAUUGCAAAUUAUGUAUCUUGUGCACGUUUUUCGACUAAUCAUCAGCAGUUCUUAACGGCGUUGUCUACUAAUAUUGAGCCAAAAUCGUUUCAAGAAGCUAUGAAGGACCCUCGUUGGGGUAAUGCAGUACAUGUGGAAUAUGAUUCACUUGAAGAGAAUCAUACUUGGCGUCUUGAGCACUUGCCUAAAAAUAAGAAAGCGCUUGGCUGUAAAUGGGUGUUUACGAUUAAAUAUCGGGGGCUGAUGGAAGGACUUGACUAUGAAGAAACUUUUGCACCAGUUGCAAAGAUGAAGACUGUUCGUCUGUUUUUGGAUCUUGCUGCCAAGAACAACCAUGAGGUAUAUCAAAUGGAUGUCCAUAAUGCUUUUCUUCAUGGGGAUUCCAUCUUUUCUCCAUUCUCGUUUGUCAGUUUCAUCUCCGAUGCCGAUACGGUUGCGAUCACCACGGUCUCCUUCUCAUGCACGAACGAUCUUUUGAACGCUGCUAAGGAAUCAGAUGAUGUAGAAAGAGCUCCUCUACCAUCAUCAUCAAGAAGACUAAAUUCAAGAAGCGUAAGUGAAAUUCUUUCAGAUACUCCUCAAUUGGUCCGGAGCAUUGUCACUAUUUGGAGGAAUGGUUUCACUCUCGAUGAUCAUCCAUUAUCCACAUUGGAUGAUCCGGAUAAUGCAAUCUUUCUUGAGGAUUCACCAAAACCAUUCCAAGGAGUGGGAAGAACUCUAGCCGAGCCACCAGCUUCAUCCGACUCACUGGCCACAGAACCAACACCAUCAAUGGAUCCCACAGCGCCAACGACCUCGAUCAAGGUCAUAUUAGCAGACGGCACGCCCAUUGUCUCCCGGUUCACUACUACUCACCAUACCAUCAGAGACGUUCGAGACUUCAUCGACGCGGCUACACCAGAUGCCUCGAGAGACUACCAAUUACUCAUCAUGGGGUCUCCUCCUACACCACUGACGACUGACUUAGGCCAAACCAUCGAGCAAGCUGGCAUCUCCAACUCUGUUCUCACCCAGAAGUUCUAG